ACACACACACACAGAGUCCCAGUGCGCCCUGAUACACACACACACACACACACACACACACACGAGUCCCAGUGCGCCCUGAUACACGCACGCACACACACACACACACACACACACACACACACACACACACACACACAGUCCCAGUGCGCCCUGAUACGCGCGCACACACACACACACACACACACACAGCUGCUCCUCCCGACCGGUAAAGCGGACGCUGCUCCCGGAGCCCUGGGUCUCUCACAGCUUCUUCUCCAGCUUGAGUCGCUCCAGAUCCGCCUUCUGGACUUUUCAGCAUGCUGGGAGCCGUGAAGAUGGAAGGAGCCGAGCACUCGGACUGGAGCACUUAUUACUCAGAGCCCGAGUGCUACACUGCAGUUGGAAACAUGAGCAGCGGACUGAACUCAGUGAGCGCCUACAUGAGCUGUGCGAGCGGUGUGAACGUUCCCUACAUGCACACGGGACUCGGCCACCCGGCUAACGGCACAUGCACGGGGAUGACCCCUAGCGCCAGCCCAACAUCCGCUCAAGCUCUGGCUGCUUCUUACUCGAACCUGAACUCAAGCGCAUGUGGCCAGGUCUCCAGCAGGCCCCGUGAUCCCAAAGCAUACAGACGGAGCUACACGCACGCCAAGCCGCCCUACUCGUACAUCUCCCUGAUCACCAUGGCCAUCCAGCAGUCCUCAUCCAAGAUGCUGACGCUGAACGAAAUCUACCAGUGGAUCAUGGACCUGUUUCCGUUUUACAGACAGAACCAGCAGCGCUGGCAGAACUCAGUCCGCCACUCACUCUCCUUCAAUGACUGUUUCCUCAAGGUGCCUAGAUCACCUGACAAACCAGGCAAAGGCUCCUUCUGGACUCUCCAUCCUGAGUCAGGGAACAUGUUUGAAAACGGAUGCUAUCUGCGCAGACAGAAGCGCUUUAAAUGCGAAAAAUCUGCAGAAAAGCCCACGGAAUUGGAUAGCGAUAAAAAACCACACAGCGACAAAGAACUCGACAGUCCAGACUGUCUGACUGAAGACAUGAAAAGUUCCGAUCUGAAAGAUGUCAUCAAAGCAACGCAGGCUUUGAGUCCAGAACAUCAGACUCAUCAUCAGGACCAUCAUCUAGAUGAACAUCAUCAUCUUCAUCCUCAUCCUCACCCUCACCUUCUUUCUCAGCAUCACCCGGUGCUCGUGCAGGACUCGCACUUGAAACCGGGACACCACCACCACCACCCCCACUCCUACUCCUUCGAUCACCCGUUCUCUAUUCACAACCUGAUGUCCUCUGAGCAGCAGCACCACAAAAUGGACACACUGAAGCCCUAUGAGCAUGCCACGCACUGUUCCGCCGGAUACGGACCACCAGUCACUGGGGCACCAAUGAUGUCAGCUCGAUCCAGUGUGGAGCCCUCAGCUCUCCCCUCAGAGUAUUCCUACUAUCCGCUAUCCGCGUGCACCAACAGGGCGUAAAUAAUAUUUCUAAUGGUCACAAAGUGGAGGUAAAAGGUGGUAACUACUUCCCAGGUAUCUCACCAUCUAGCAUUGUUUCUACAAAUAUGCCUAUGCUUUUAGUGCGCACAAAAAUGAUAAACAAAAUGGUUUAAAAAUGAAAAACGUUUCUUUUCAAUCUGAUCUUCCUCCAAUAGACUUCUCAAACUGUUGGACAGGAUUUCAUGAUGGAUCAAAGCCUGUAUAGCUAUAAAACUUCCACAAGUCUUUUUUUUUCCUGAGAGAAAGGAAAAAAUAUAGAAUAGAAAAGAGUGGCCAUUUACUUUACUCUGUUUAUACUGUAAUUUAUCAUUUUUAAAUUUAAUUGUGUUUAUAAAUGUAACCCAGUUAAGAUGUCAUUAUUAAA